UUGGUAACGCGAAAAAAGAUGAGAAUUGUCCAGCAUUUUGCUUGGCUUCGCGUUGAAAACUUUUCAAGUGAACGUAUUCAUACAAAAGCAUGCAUCGAAAUAUUUUGUCAAAACAAAUGACUGACGUAAAGCGCAGCAAAAGUUCUAUGUGAAUUGGCCAUUAUGGUCUAAACAGCGAAACAUAGCAUAAUAGCGCAGCGCGUUAGCAACAUAAAGCAUCGUACGUAAACAUAACACAUGAUAGUUGUCAAAUUUGUUGUCUUUCAUAGUGAAAACAUAAAAAUAUAAACUUAAGUUAUGGAGACUGAAAAUUCGAUUUUUAUUUGGGCUUUUUGUACCUCUAGCGAGCUUAUAAAAAAUGUUAGUUAAGCAGGCAACCUAGGCGCGGCUAUUCGUCCAAUAAAUAGAGACCGCAGAAUAAAUGUACAAAAAAGAUAAAUGAGCAUAAUGUUUUCAGAUACUUUGUCCUUGCAACGAUGUAUAAGUAUAUAUAUCUUAGUAAACCCAGUUUGUCCCAUUAUAAAGACAUUGCUCAUGACAUCAAAGAAAGGUGGAACAUUCCGAACUGUGUGGGAGCGAUAUUGCGAUAACAUGCCCAAAGAACUCUGGCUUCAUGUACAAUACUUUACCUAGAAAAAGUUCUACAGUAUUAUACCGAUGACAACUUGCGACGUCAAGUACACCUUCAUAUUGGCCAGCAUUGGAAGUUACGGCGGCGAAAGCGAUGGUGGCAUUUUCCAACAUUCCAAAUUUGGAAGGGAACUUCUAACAAGCCAGUUGCCGCUUCCACCAAGUACUCCGUCAUGCAACGAGUCGAAUGAAACCUUACCAUAUUUUUUCGUAGAUGAUGCAGCGUUUGAGUUAAAGACACACCUAAUGCGAUCCUAUCCUGGUCAUCAAUUACCUCAAAGAAAAGAGGUAUUUAAUUAUCGCCUAUCAUAUGCGCCGCGUAAUCGAGAAUAGCUUCGGUGUUCUUUCUGCACCCUGGCGCGUACUUCGCACUGUACCCGAAGAACGUGGAAAAAAUUGUGCUUGGAUGUCUUAUUCUACGCAACUUUGUCAUGCUAAAUGACCACCAGGCGAUGGUAUUGUUCAGACAAUUAUAUUGAUUCGGAAAACUCUUGGCGGCAUACCAACUGGCGCAAUUAAUUGACAGCGUUUAAUGGUUCUUUGCCUUCGACAAGCUCAACUCACCGAAAUGCAACCGCAAACGCCUUUAAACUUGGGGAACAAAGAGCAGUUCCUUUUCAAUGAAUUAAUGUCAUCAAAACAUAAAUCUUUUUGCAAUAAAAACAGUACAA